AUGGAGGCGCAGCGACGCGCACGCGCAGUGACGGACCCACGGCAGGGAACGCGUCUGAGCUCGACAUCGACUCGUUUCCAGCAUGAAACUAACGCGUAAACUCGUCCUGGCUCGGGCUAAAGCGUCGGAUCUGGACAGCGUGAAGAAGCUGAACUGCUGGGGCUGCAACCUGACAGAUAUCUCUAUAUUUGUGGAGAUUCCUAACAUUGAGGUCCUCACGCUGAGUGCCAAUCAGAUCUCGUCUCUGGAGCACAUCUCGUCGUGUCAGCAUCUCAGCGAGCUCUAUCUGAGGAGGAAUAAGAUCCCGAGUCUGUCUGAGCUCAAGCACCUGCGGCAGCUGAGGAGUCUGAAGGUGCUGUGGCUCGCCGAGAACCCGUGCUGCGACGCCGCUGACCCGCAGCGAUACCGCCUGACCGUCCUCCGAGCCCUGCCCGGCCUGCACAAACUAGACAACCAGGUGGUUACAGAGGAGGAGCUCACACGAGCGCUGAAGGAAGGGGAGGAGCUUGUGUCACCUCCAGGCCACGCCCCCACCAGCUCUAACAAUGGCCUGACAGAAGCAGACUCUGAGACAGAUCCUCUGAACUACAGCAUGGAGGAAACCAACAAGAUACGAGCUCAGCUGGGAAUGAAGCUGCUGCCCAGAGACAAGUUCCCCUCGCUGACGUCCCCCCGAGACUCCGGAGACACACCGAGGAGGAAGAGUCACACGCUGGAGGCCGUUCUGCUCCUGAUGAAGGACCUGGACGUGGAGGAGCUGAAGAUCGUUCAGUCCGUCGCCGAGAGCAAGCUCCGAUCACGCAGUCGACGGCGAGAGCGAGAGAAAUCUCCCGUCUGCUCGUGAAGGAAGCGACCGCACGCGUCUCAACCCCAUCGCUACCGAGUGGCCUUUUCCCGUUUAAAAUCAGGACGCUUUCCCGUUUCGGAGGAAAUCGUUUCGCUUUGUAAUGACCUGAAUGAAGUGUGACAGUGCUUUGUUGCGUCCAGAUAAUAUAUGAUGUAUUUUUCUAUGUAAAUAAACUCAGGUGCAUAAGAAUA